AUGGCGGAUCUGCUCUACCGUUUCAAGCGGUACAACCCUGGAAAAAAGCUCAACCUCAACUUCAUUGCCGAUCCUCCCCCUCUUCCUGAAGGCAUAACCGAAGAAAUGAUCAAGGACUACGAGGGGGAGCCAGAAGAGGCUCAUGCCGAUGCCGAGGAGGAUACUGCUAAAGGCGAUGGGGUCGCUGCCGAGACUGAGGCCAUGGAUAAUCUUCUCCAAAAGCUUCUUCUCAUUGUCAACUAA